UGUAAUCUCAUAUUUGGAAAAAUUCAGAGUAGAAAUAUUUGUACUAGCAUGUGAGAAGGUACUAUUAUACAUAUGUAUAAUCUAAUUGUUUCAAUUUUGAAGAACGAGAUGUUUCGAGAACAUUAUAGUGCUUCCAUAUAAGAUGUUUUGUCAUAGAUGAAAUAACUAGUUUAAAUACAUCUUUAAAAACAAGAUAAAGAGGAUGUAUUGCCUACAGUGGUUAAUUCCUGUGCUGCUGAUACCAAAACCAGUAAAUCCAGCACUACUGCAAACGCAUGUCAUGUUUAUGGCUCUUUAUCUAAUUGGAUUCUUCCUAGAACGAAAACCAUGUACUGUUUGUAGUUUAGUAUUUCUUCUUGCAGUUUUCCUAAUUUGUUAUAGUGGAAUUGGUAAUUGUCUCCUUUGGAGUACAAAUUGUGAUACAGUGAGAUGUGACAAUAGUUAAGGUUAUUAGAAUGUUUAUUCUUAAAUUAAAAAAAUGCCUCCACUUUUAUUUUUUUUAGAAGGAUAUGUCUAAUUAAUUCAUUAAUAACAUAACCUAUUCAUAGAAUUCAUAUAUAUUACAUAUAUAUGAAUCUUAUUAAUAAUAUGCAAAUAUGAUUUUAUAAUCUUAAUUGUAGUUUUUAGGUGUUAUACAUGGUAUAUGUAUUUAUAUAUGUACAUAUAUACAUGAGUAUGUACAUAUAUGUAUUAAUGAUAUGUAUUUAUAUACAAAAAAAUAAAUUUGCUAGGUUACGAAAAGUUUGCAAUUUGAAAUUAAGGAACUUCCAAAUGUAAAAUUAUAAUAGUUUAAUAUUAUAGAAUUAAGAUAUAUUUUUUGUAUAUAUAUUUAUGCUUAAUUCCAUUAAUUUAAUCCUAUUGUUUAAUUAUACACUGUGUAUAACACUUUUUUUAUUUAAAAAUGUUAAUUUUAUUUUGUUAUUGUAUGUUAUUGUAUCUAAAAAAUUAACAUUUUUAUAGUUUAUUUAAUUUGAAUAAAUUUCCCAAACCAUUUUACAAAAACUAUUAAAAUUUUUAAAUGAAUCAUUCAUUAUUUUGUUCAUAAAUUAUUAUAUAAAUAUCAUAAAUUCUAAAUAAAUAAUUAAGCAGAAUAUAAUUGGUAAUUAUUGAAUGAAAAAAUAAAAGUAUUUUACAUUAUGAUAUGAAAAUUAUAUAAAAUUAAUUAUAUAAUAUUUAUAAAUAAUUAUGACAAGCGAUAGAAACAUAUAUUGCGCUAAUACAUUAAUUCAAAACUUCAUUUCAUUAUGUUGAAGACAUUUAGUUGUACAUAAAAUUUACUAAUUUAUAAUUUUUAUGUAUUUAUUUUAUCAAACAUAGUAUAUGGAAAAUGAACAAAAUAUAUCAUGUCUUAUGUUACAAAUAUCUUUUUUCAUUGAAUAUAGGUAUUAGUAUUUCAUCAUAUUAAGAGAAAAUAUGAGAUAUUGAUACAGUAGUCAAAAACAGCUUGAGAAAUUUUACAUUGAAAGUUCAGAAAAUUAUAAAAGGAAAACUUAUGUAUUGUACAAAUAUUAUAUAAAUUCCUGUUUCAUUUGAUGAAAUGGUUACAAGUUUUUUAAUAAAAUUUUUGCAUUAGCUCAAAUUUGUCUGUAAUGUUUCUAGUUAUGAUUUUUUGUUAGAAAUUCGUUUACAUAAUAGUUAUAUUUUAUAAUUGUAUACAACUUGUUUUUUUUGCUUCCAUUUAUAAAUUUAUGUAUUAAUAAUAUAACUAUAAAAUUUGUAAUUGAAUGUACACUUUUAUAAUGCAAUAAAAGAUGUAAAGAAUUAUUAUAAUAAA